CCUCUAUCUGUCUGCCCAAACUGAAAUUCUGAAGAGAUGGCAAGUGGGGAAGAAGUCAGCAACAAGCAGGUGGUUCUGCGAGACUAUGUCAGCGGCUAUCUCAAAGAAUCAGACAUGUGUAUGGCCACAGCCACCAUCACCCUCAAUGUCCCAGAGGGUAAUUCCAAGGCCGUUCUGGUGAAGAACCUCUAUUUGUCUUGUGAUCCCUACAUUCGUGGCCAAACCAAAAGCAUUCAGGGUGGCUAUGCUGAUGAAUAUUUCAAGCCUGGCUCUCCUAUAGUGGGAUAUGGAGUGGCAAAAGUUUUGGAUUCUGGGCAUCCAGACUUCAAGAAAGAUGACUUGGUUUGGGGAUUUACAGGAUGGGAAGAGUAUAGUCUCAUUACAGCAACUGAGUCUCUGUUUAAGAUUCAUCACACAGAUGUGCCCCUUUCAUACUACACUGGACUUCUCAGUAUGCCUGGGAUGACUGCCUAUACUGGUUUUUAUGAGGUUUGUGCUCCUAAGAAAGGAGAGUAUGUCUUCGUCUCAUCCGCAUUUGGAGCAGUGGGUCAGCUUGUUGGGCAGUUAGCCAAGUUGCUAGGUUGCUAUGUUGUUGGAAGUGCAGGGUCAAAAGAAAAGGUUGAUCUGUUGAAGACCAAGUUCGGGUUCGAUGAGGCUUUCAACUAUAAAGAAGAGAAGGAUUAUGACGCCUGUCUGAAAAGGUACUUCCCUGAAGGCAUUGAUAUCUACUUUGAUAGUGUGGGGGGAAAGAUGCUUGAUGCAGCGCUGCUCAACAUGAGGCUCCAUGGCCGCAUUGCAGCGUGUGGGAUGAUCUCACAGUACGAGUUUGACCAGCCUGAGGGUGUGCACAACCUGUUCAAUAUCAUCACAAAACGGGUUCGAGUGGAAGGGUUUAUGGUGUUUGAUUACUACCACCUCUACCCCAAGUUCCUGGACACGAUGAUACCUUACAUCAAAGAAGGGAAGAUUGUAUACGAGGAAGACAUAACUGAAGGCCUUGAGAGUCUCCCAUCAGCCUUGGUUCGCCUCUUCUCUGGCAAAAACGCUGGAAAAGCAGUGGUUGUAGUCGCCCGUGAAUGACUUAAUCACUUCAUCUACCUCUCGUACCAAGCAAUUUUCUGGCUUUCAUGGUGUAUUAUCUGACUGAUGAAAAAGCCUUGGAUCUUGUGAGACUCUGUACUAAUAAGGUGGGAUGACCACCACCCUUGUAGUGAUCAUGACCUUGCUUGUAUGAUUGUUUUGGUGAAGCGUAUGACCUUGUUUGGUUCGCCUCUGUUCCUCUGUCCAGCCGUUGUAAGUUGUAACCUUGCUUCCGUGGAAUAAAUCAUCUGAGCUCUUCAUAAAAGAGUGGAAUUCUUGGU